AUGGCAACCUGUGUAAUUCAUAGCAGAGUUUCUUCAUUCUGGUGUUUGAGUACAAGAUCGAUUGCUGCUACAAUGAAUGUGCCCAAGAUCCAUGUGACCAAAAUCACCACCACCCCAUCAAGUUUGGCAGCAGACUUGGAUUAUCUAAAUAACUUCACUUCAUCUACCACCACCACCACCACAAAACACUACACCAACAAUAAUAAUUAUUCUAACAAUUCAACAACACUUACUCAAAAGUCCAUGGAGAUAGUUAAGCUUCAUUUGAUUAUGGAGAUUGUAUCAGAUAGAUUGGAGAUGCACAAGAACGUGGCAGCGCAACGCGACAACUGGAACCACCUUCUUCUAACAUCAGUUAACAUGAUCACUCUUUCUGCUUCAACCAUGCUUGCUCUUGCAGCUACUAGUACUACUUCAAGUGGAGCACCUCUUAUGGCACUUAAGGUUUCAUCAACAAUCCUUUUCAUGGCUGCAACUGGGAUACUUGCUGUCAUGAACAAAUUCCAGCCAUCACAGCUUGCUGAGGAACAGAGAAAUGCUGCUAGGUUGUUCAAGCAGCUUAAUGGAGAGCUAAGAACAAAGGUUUCUCUCGGUAACGCCAAUGAAUUCGAGGUAACUGAAGCAAUGGAAAGAGUUUUGGCAUUGGACAAGGCUUACCCUCUUCCUCUUUUAGGCACCGUGCUUGACAAAUUCCCUCACAAAAUUGAACCAGCAGUGUGGUGGCCUCAAAGGAAGAAGAAACAUCAUUGGAAAGAAGAAGUAGGGGACAACAAAAACAACAGCAAUAAUGGAUGGGAUUCAAGGUUGGAAGGGGAAAUGAAAGCAAUUGUGAAAGCUGUGAGGAAGAAGGACAUGGCUGAGUACACGAGGCUAAGUAGAAAGGCUUUGAAUCUAAACAAGGUGUUGGCAGUUUCAGGGCCAUUACUCACUGGUCUUGCAGCAAUUGGUUCUGCUUGUUUGGGAUGUGUGAAUGGUUCAUGGCCUGUGAUGUUUGGUGUUGUUGGUGGGGCUUUGGCUUGUGUUGUUAACACAGUUGAGCAUGGUGGCCAAGUUGGCAUGGUGUUUGAGUUAUAUAGGUCUCUUAUUGGGUUCUUCAAGCUCAUGGAGGAGUCUAUUCAGCAGAAUUUAAGGGAAAAAGAUCUUCACAGAAGGGAAAAUGGAGAAUUGUUUGAGAUCAAAGUUGCCCUACAGCUUGGUAAAAGUCUUGAAGAACUAAGUCAAUUUUCAUCUUCUACUCAAAACGAUUUUGCUAGCAAGCUUUUCUAG